GUGGUGGUGGUGGUGGUGGUGGAAUAUAAGGCUCAUGUGAUCUGUCACAUGACAGCGGAUCUCCAGAAAGGCAGCAUGAGACUCCAAACCUGCUUCCUAGGGCUCCUUGCCCUCUUCGUCCCCGGCAAAUGCAGUUACAGCCCGGAGCCGGACCAGCAUCGGACGUUGCCCCCAGGCUGGGUGUCCCUGGGCCGUGUAGACUCCGAGGAAGAGCUGAGUCUCACCUUUGCCCUGAGACAGCAGAACGUGAAAAGAUUGUCUGAGCUGGUGCAGGCUGUGUCGGAUCCUGGCUCUCCUCAUUAUGGAAAAUACCUGACCCUAGAGGAUGUGGCUGAACUGGUCCGGCCAUCACCACUGACCCUCCGCACAGUCCAAAAAUGGCUCUUGGCAGCUGGAGCCCGGAACUGCCACUCAGUGACCACACAGGACUUUCUGACCUGCUGGCUGAGUGUCCGACAGGCAGAACUGCUGCUCUCUGGGGCUGAGUUUCAUCGCUAUGUGGGGGGACCAGCAGAGAUCCAUGUUAUAAGGUCCCCACGUCCAUACCAGCUCCCGAAGGCCUUGGCCCCUCAUGUGGACUUUGUGGGCGGGCUGCACCGCUUUCCCCCCACAUCAUCCCUGAGGCAACGCCCUGAGCCACAGGUGUCAGGGACAGUUGGCCUGCACCUGGGGGUGACCCCAUCUGUGAUCCGUCAGCGAUACAACUUGACAGCACAAGACGUGGGCUCUGGCACAACCAACAACAGCCAAGCCUGUGCCCAGUUCCUGGAGCAGUAUUUCCAUGACUCGGACCUGGCCGAGUUCAUGCGCCUCUUUGGUGGGAACUUUGCGCACCAGGCAUCAGUAGCCCGUGUGGUCGGAAAACAGGGACGGGGCCGGGCCGGGAUUGAGGCCAGUUUAGAUGUGGAGUACCUGAUGAGUGCCGGUGCCAACAUCUCCACCUGGGUCUACAGUAGCCCAGGCCGGCAUGAGUCACAGGAGCCCUUCCUGCAGUGGCUCCUGCUGCUCAGUAAUGAGUCAGCCCUGCCACAUGUACACACAGUGAGCUAUGGAGAUGAUGAGGACUCCCUCAGCAGUGUCUAUAUCCAUCGGGUCAACGCUGAGCUCAUGAAGGCGGCCGCUCGGGGUCUUACCCUGCUCUUCGCUUCAGGUGACAGUGGGGCUGGGUGUUGGUCUGUGUCUGGACGACACCAGUUUCGUCCCAGCUUCCCUGCAUCCAGCCCCUAUGUCACCACGGUGGGAGGCACAUCCUUCCAGAAUCCAUUCCGAGUCACAAGUGAGAUCGUUGACUAUAUCAGUGGUGGUGGCUUCAGCAAUGUGUUCCCACAGCCUUCAUACCAGGAGGAAGCCGUAGCCCAGUUCCUCAGCUCCAGUCCCCACUUACCACCAUCCAGUUAUUUCAAUGCCAGUGGCCGUGCCUAUCCAGAUGUGGCUGCACUCUCUGAUGGCUACUGGGUGGUCAGCAACAGCGUGCCCAUUCCAUGGGUAUCUGGCACUUCGGCCUCUACUCCAGUAUUUGGUGGGGUCCUAUCCCUGAUAAAUGAACAUAGAAUCCUCAACGGCCGUCCCCCUCUUGGCUUUCUCAACCCAAGGCUCUACCAGCAGCGUGGAGCAGGACUCUUCGAUGUAACCCAUGGCUGCCAUGCGUCCUGUCUGAAUGAAGAGGUGCAGGGACAGGGUUUCUGCUCUGGCCCUGGCUGGGAUCCUGUGACAGGCUGGGGAACACCUAACUUCCCAGCUCUGUUGAAGACAUUAAUCAAUCCUUAACACUUUCCUGCCGGGAGAAUGAACCUGUCCCCUGCCCCAUAGCUGGUGGCUAGGUCCCUUAUUCUGCACUGUUGGAAGCCCUGCUGAACCUUCAACCAUAGACUGCUGCAGAGAGCUUAUCCCCCAACCCUAAAAUGCUGUGAGCUUGGCUUGACUCUCAACUCUACCCUGCUCCAUCAUGCUCAGGUCUCCCUACUCCUGCUUCAAGUUUCUCUAAAGAUGCUGUAACUAGUAUUGUUUGGGAGCCUCCCCACUCCCAACACCCCCCCCCCCAACCUUUUCUUCUUUCUCUUUUCAACCAGGCUUUUUCUAAGAGUUGUCUAUGCUGUUUCUCUUCAUGCUGUCUCCUCAGUUCAUUGCACCUUCUUCAGCUUUCAGGGCUUAACUUCUUUUCCGACCAUUCCCACUUCCUCCUUCAUUCCCUCUUCCUCUUUCGCUUUCUCUUCUUUCUCACUGAAUGUUGAUAUACGUCACUGCUUCAUCUUUACCCUUCUGCUCUGUUCAAUCUACCCAAAGUUUCCUGGAACAAAUCAGUCAUCUGUAUCCACAGCUAUCACCGUCUCACUAAAUCAGACUGUUGGACAAUGAUUCCUCAAAUGCAAGGUGUAUGAUACUCAAUACUUCAUCUUCCUCCUUCCCAAUUCCAGACCAUUCUCUGGUGUUCCUUCUUGGCAAAUGAGACUAUGCUGCUUCCAAUCAAGCUAGAAGCCUAAGUGUUAUCCUAGACUCCCUAAUCCUUACCUUCCCCUUCCCACUACCACUGUCAAUAAGUCCUACUGAUUUCACCUCUUAAAUAUAUCUUUAUCAAUCCACAAGUCCUGCCAAUUACAUUUCCUAAGUAUACCUAGAACUCAUUUACUUUUCUCCAUCUCUACUGCUACUAAAUUAGCUUAGAACAAUUAUUUUCUCUUCUCUGAAUUGUAGGAGGCCCUUGAAAAAUGUCCUUACUUCCUGCAUGCUCACAAAACCAUUUUUCCAGAGUAAAAUGCAAAUCCCAUCAGGUCAUUUACUUAAAACCCUUCAAAGAUUACUGAUAAAGUUCGGGUUUUUGCUAUGACUCACAAACCUGAUCCUUUCCUUGCUAUUUGUUCCUGAGUAACAAAUUGCUUAUUCUCCCUUGUUCUCCCUCACCCUUCCUCCACUUCCCCACUUUCGCUUUUGCUUAAGAUAUUCUGUGCCCUUAACAUGACCCCUGACUCCCUUUGCCUGUUUGGUUUCCAGGAUUCUUUGAACACCCCACUCAGAAGCCGCCUUCUGUGAACCUUUGGCUCUCUGCAGCUCGCUGAUUUUUGUAUAGUAGAAAAUGAUUUGGUAUAGCAGAAAAAUCCUGGAUUUUUUCAAACCAAGCCUGUUUGAUUCUUGGUUCUGAUGCAGACUAGGAAAGAGACUUGGAGAAGUCCAUCUCCCUGAGUCUUUUACCUCCUCUGUUAAGUGGGAAUAUCAAUACCUGCCUCUAACAAUAAUUAAUAAUAAUUAAAUGGAAUGAAGUUGAUAGAGUGCCUGACACAAAGAAGUAGGCAGCAGAUGUUAGGUCCCUUCCUCCUUUGCACUGCGUACUGUGUGUCUACCUCUAGUAUUGUAACUCCAACCUAGUAUUGAAAAUGCCAGUUUACCUCUUUGCCUCCCUUUCCAAGACUGUUGGUGCCUAGAGGACUAGAAUCUUGUCCUACUUAACUUUGUACUCCCAGGCCCUAGCUCAGGAUUGGCAAAUAGGAAUUAAAUAAAUGUUUGUUGCGUUGAAAACCCCA